CGCAGUUUACGGGGCGCAAUGAGAUGCUAUGGCGUACCAGGAAGGAGAGUCGCUGGAAUCCUGGCUCAACAAAGCCACACACCCAACUAAUAGGCAGGAGGACUGGGAAUACAUCAUUGGCUUCUGCGACCAAAUCAAUAAGGAAUUAGAAGGGCCACAAAUAGCAGUGCAGCUACUCACUCAUAAAAUCCACUCACCUCAGGAAUGGGAGGCACUUCAAGCUUUAACAGUACUGGAGGCAUGCAUGAAGAACUGUGGCAAGAGGUUUCAUAAUGAGAUUGCCAAAUAUAGAUUUUUAAACGAACUCAUCAAAGCUGUAUCGCCCAAGUAUCUGGGAGACUCCGUGCCAGAGAAGGUAAAGACAAAAAUCAUCGAGAUCCUAUACAGUUGGACGGUGGCAUUUCCCAGUGAAACCAAGAUUGGGGAUGCCUAUCAGACGCUGAGAAGACAAGGACUCAUCAGCUCAGACCCGGAACUCCCUGCUGACCGGAUGUUGCUGCCCUCUCCUCCCACAAGCACCAAAAAAACAGUUUUCGACAAUGAAGACAUGGGAAAGCUGUUGGCAGAGCUGCUGAAGAGUAAGAACCCAGAAGACCUGCAGGAGGCCAACAGGCUCAUCAAGAGCAUGGUGAAGGAGGAUGAGGUCAGAGUGCACAAGAUGAGCAAGCGCAUCAAGACCCUGGAGGAGGUGGACAACAACGUCAAGCUGCUGGGGGAGAUGCUGAGCCAGUACAACAGGGAGCGCUCCUCUGAGGCCGACCGGGAACUCAUCAGGGAGCUGUAUGAUCGCUGUGACAAGUUGAGGCGCACCGCUUUCAAGCUGGCCACAGAGAGCGAGGACAACGACACCAAUCUGGGUGACAUUUUGCAGGCUAGUGACGACCUGUCUAAGGUCAUUAAUCUGUACAGGCGCGUGGUGUUGGGCCACGCGGACAACGGGGACGCCGAGGAGCAGAGAACAGCGGCAGGACCUGAGAGUAAUGCCGGGACCGAAGUCACAGACACACUGAUUGACCUGGCAGGCACAGACACUCCUCCCUUAAACCUCCCGCCAUCGCCACCGCCGUCUGUCCCGCCCCCGGCCCCAGUCCCUGUCCUGACCCCGCCCCUGGCCGUCUCUACUUCCUCCCCAGCCAAACAGAUGGCCUCCUCCAUCCCAGUCCUCCCGCCUCCUCCUCGCCGAUUGGCUGGGCCCUCGGGCGGCACCGCCAGUCAGACGUCGAGCCCCAGUCGCCAGAUCACCAAGCAGCAGUCGGCCUCCAUCUCCCUGCUGGAUGAGGAGCUGCUAUCUUUAGGUCUGAAUGACCCAGCUCCAGCUCCAGCUCCUACUCAGGCUCAGAGAGCGGAGGACUUUGCCAAGCAUCAGUGGACAUCCUUACCGGUCACUGAUAGUGGUCUGGAUCCAUUUGGCCUCCAGGCCUCAGGCCCCGUCUUCUCCACGGCUCAGAGUUCAGCGUCUGCAUCUGUGUUCCCCUCCACCACAAACUCCUCAUCCUCUGGCCACAGCCUCCCUCCUGAACUCUCCAUAUUCAAUCUGGGGGAGCCAAAGAGCAUGCCAAUUCUGGCCAACGCUGGCAACCCCUUUGUGACACCAUCGCCUGCUGUUGCUGUUGGCCCCGCCUCCUUGGGCCACACUCCCGCCCCUGCUCCCGUUCCAGUUCCAGCUCCUGCACCUCACCCUCUCAUCCAGAUGGGGGCGCUGCAGGCUCCAGGCUCUCCAGCCCUGAGUCACCCCCAGCACCACCACCACACCUUCGCCCAGGCGGUCAGCUCUGCUCCAGGAAGCCCCCUCUUCCGCUCACUGUCGCCCGGCCCUUCCUCCCUGCAGGGCAGCCCUGCCAAAGGCCCAGAGAUCUCCAUGACCAACCUCCACGUCCCGCUAGAUGCCAUCAAGCCCAGUAAGGUCCUGCCUGUCACAGCGUAUGAUAAAGACGGGGUGCGUGUCCUUCUGCACUUUGCCUCCGAGUGUCCGGCGGGCAGGACGGACGUGCUGGUGGUGGUGCUGUCCAUGCUCAACACAGCCCCCCUACCCAUCCGCAACGUCACCCUGCAGGCCGCUGUCCCCAAGUCUAUGCGGGUGAAGCUGCAGCCCCCCACAGGAACAGACCUGGCCCCGUUUAACCCCAUCCUGCCCCCGCCCUCCAUCACCCAGAUCAUGCUGCUGGCCAAUCCCCAGAGGGAGAAGGUGCGGCUGCGCUUCAAGCUGAUGUUCAUGCUGGGCGACAGACAAUACGCUGAGGUGGGGGAGGUGGACCAGUUCCCCCCGCCAAGCCAGUGGGACAAACUAUGACCCCCCCUCUGGUGACCUCUGAACCCUGACUAUGUAUUCCAGUAUCGGAGACUCUCUGUGUCCAGUGACGACCUCUCUAUGGGGAACCCUGGUAGGUGUGGAGAGGGAAUGGGGUGGAAGAGAAGAAAAGAGAAGAGAGGAGAUUUUUUUGUUCAGGUGUCGAGCAGCUUGUACUGACAAUAUCCUCAUCAUUCCAGUACAUAGUCGUGAGUAUGUGCAAAAGAGAUGGGAAACAAAACAAGUCAACAAAGCUUUUGUAUGAUAUAUUGCAGUAUCGGCGAGCAGAACAACACUACCAUAUGUUGAAGGCUAAUCAGCUACUGGUAACAUGGACUGCCAUGGAUAACAUGAUAUCAACCACGCUACUACAAUGCCCUGCGUCCAAAUAAGCACACCAAUGGGCUUAUAACAACCAUCUGUAAAACUCCAUGGAAGUGAGAGGACAUAGGACAAACCCAUCCAGCAACUCUUACGUCCAUUUUUUUCAACCUUACAGUUAUGUGUACUCUAUAUCUAUAACCCUCAGUAUAUACUUUACGUUUGCUGAAGCAGAAUGAUCAGGUCAGUAGUUCGAUUGAAGUAUAAGAAAGACAAUUAUGCUUAAAACCAGUAGGGUGACCAAAAAUGAAAAGUGGUUUAGUGUUGUUUUAAAGCUGAUUUUCUUUCUUUGUUUAUUGCUUUUUGGGUUGUACGUGGCUCAGGUUAAGACAAGCUAUCCAUCAACAGAAACUCAGCAGUCCAAACGUCCGACCUGAUAACAGAAUUUGUCCCCCUAUACUCUUCUAAGGUAUGUCAGGUCGAGUGUACAGAUUGCAGACUGGAACAAAACAAAACAAAAAAACGGGACACUUCAAACAUUGUAUUACAAGCAGAGUACGUUGAAAAAGGGAUCUAUCUCUUGAAAAGGUUAUCUUUUGUGUCAUCUGACAUCCAAAGAAUUGGUACAGCUGUGAUGUCAAGAGGUUUGGACUCCUCAUACAUAGUAUAAUACGGCAUUUAGCUUUUCAGCAUAUCACAAUAAGACAUUUAAUGACGUUUAUUUAUUACCCCUGUCAAUGUCGCCUUAUCUCAAUUUUAUCAUACCAAAGACGUAAGGCCUGCAAAGGCUGUACAUUGUACAGCAACAGAUACAGUAUUACUAGGGCUCCACAACAUUGUGUUUUACUAACAAUAUAGUAUAAUACAGGCUGAAUCAAGUUAUCUUUAAAAUGUCAACCUUGAGUUCAGUACUGAAAGUUAGCCAAUGGCACAGAGUCGUCAUGCUAUGAAUUGCCGCCUUUGUGCAUUACAUUUCAGGUCUCAUGAAAACAUUGAUAAAUUGUGCAGCCCUAAGUUUGCAGUGUUCAUAAAUGCUUUUGAGGUGACUGUGUUUAUUGAUGUGAAAAUGGUAAGGGUUUUGAGAAUCUCCAUUUUGGCAUCUCCAGUGUUUGUUUACAUUUCAGUUGAAGGAAAGAUUUAUUGUAUAUUAUAUUAUGAUGUGCAUUAUCUCUGGUGGUAAGAUGAUAUGUAAUGAGUUCCAGAGGUGAGUUUGAGAGAUGAAGAGCUGAAUGAUGACUAUCUUUCCAAUACUAUUGGUAUUAUUGGGGAAAUGCUGCAUUGUCUUGCUGUUGAAUCUGGACAGAGAAUUGGCAAAGAUCUUAAAACCCAUCUGGAUGUCAGAUGCGGUAAUGGCCUCCAGAUAUGGCAACUGAUGUAACUGAGCCCCAUGCAAAAUCUGCCUUUGGCUCUUGAGGAGACUAAAGCUUUUAUUUAUUUAUUUCUGUUUAGCUAUUAAUUUAUUUAUUUAUGUUUAAGGAUAAACCACUACAACCACACAAAGUUUGUAUGCAGAUACCCUUCUCAUGUCUUUGGAGACAUACAUUGUUUUGAAGUGACUUUGGACAACGGUGUGAGAACCAGAAUGAGAUUGACUUGACAGAGGACACAAGCAUACGGCACUCAGCUUCUGUCUCUGACUCGUGUCUUGACUUCAGUAUUCUAGAACAGAGGUGGGAACAAGGGAGGUCUGUGGUGAGGCAAGCAGCACGCCAACAACACAGGCCACAGGAUAGUACUUUCCUUUUCAAUUUCAACUAAAGUAUUAACUCAUCCACGGCUUAGAUACGACACCGUUUUAGGUACUGGCUAUACUUUAUUUAUUGGAAGAG